CGAGGGCAACCCCGCAGCCACCGCCGCCGCCCCCGACCCCGACGGCCCCCCCGGUCCCGCGAUUCUGGUGCUGCUGCCCACUCGCGAGCUGGCGCAGCAGGUUGCCGCCCAGUGUCGGCAGCUGCGAGCCGUCACGGGUCUCCGCACUGUGUGUGUUUUCGGAGGAGCGCCCCGGGAGGAGCAGGCUGCGCUGCUCCGCUCCAAGCCCCCCCACGUGCUGGUGGGCACUCCGGGUCGGCUACUGGACCUGGUGGAUGGAGGGGAGCUAAAGCUGGCGGGCCACGUGCGCUACCUGGUUCUGGACGAGGCGGACAAGAUGCUCUCCCUCGGCUUCAAACCGCAACUCGACAGGUUGUACGACAUGCUCCUGGCGCCGUACGACAAGAAGCAGGAGGAAGGGGAGAAGGAGGGUACGGCUGUGAAAGCCGGCGGCAAGAAGCAGAAGAAGAGCCUGAAGGGAGGUGGCAGCGUCGCUGCUGCCGCCGCCGCUGAGGCAGGAACCGCAGCAGCAGCAGCAGCAGCCCCGUCUUCAGCAGCAGCUGGCGGUGUCGGGAGUGUUGGCCGUCCGCAGGUGCUUCUGUUCAGCGCCACCAUGCCCGCGGAGGUGUCGGCGGCUGCGGGUGUGUGGCUGCGGGGCGCGAGGGAGGUGCGCGUGUCUGCGGGGGCGGACAACGCAAUCAGCCGCACCGUGACGCAGGUGGUCCACGUGUGCGCGGAGCACAAGAAGCCCGACAAGCUGCUCAAGCACCUCGCCCGCAUCCGCGCCUCCACCCCGGCCGGCAGCCGCACACCCCCCCGCGUGCUCGUCUUUGCCAACCGCGUCAAGACGGUUCGCUUCCUGACUGCAACCCUGACCAAGGAGGGCUACAAGGUGGCGCAGCUGCACGGGCAGCGGUCGCAGGCGGAGCGGAACGCGGCGGUGUCGGACUUCCGAUGCGGCAAGGCGCAGGUGCUGGUGGCCACCGACGUGGCGGCUCGCGGUCUGGACAUCCGCAGCCUGCCCUACGUGGUCAACUACGACUUCCCCUGCCGGCUGGAGACGUACGUGCACAGGGUGGGGCGCACGGGGCGGCUGGCGGCGUACGGCCACGCGUACAGCUUCUUCACGAGGAACAUGGCCCCGCUGGCUCCUCCGCUGCUGUCGCUGCUGCAGUCGCACGAGCAGGCAGUGGACCCCAACCUGGCCGCCCUCGCAGCCGCCUGGAAGAUGGCGGAGGAGAAGCUGGGGGCGGCGGGGGCAGCAGCCGCGGCGGCGCGCAUCAGGGAGGAGGCUGCCGCCGGCAGCGGAAACGGCGAGGAGCGGGAUGAUGAGGAGGAGGGAGAUGAUGAUGAUGAGGGGGAUGCCUCGGCGGCUGCUGAGGCGGCGGGGCGCGAUGGCAAGUUGAGUUUUGCGGAGGAGGUGUUGGGGGCGGCUGAGGACCUUGCGGAGGGUCUGGGGCCGCGGGACGCGCGGGCUAUUGCGGAGCUGGUGCGAAAGAAGCUGAUGGGCGGGUCCUCGGCUGGGGAGAAGAAGAAGCAGAAGCAGCUGCAACAGCAGCAGCGGCAGAGGGAGGAGGAGGAGCAGGAAGAGGAGGAGGGGGACGGUGGUGCUGAUGAUGAAGGGGCUGCACGGCCCGGGAAGAAGGCACGCAAGGAGGCUGCCGGUUCUGUGGCGGCGGCGGCUGCAAGUCAGGGCGAGACGACGGCGACAGGCAGGAGCCGCCGCCCUGGAGACGAGCUACUGGUCCCCACCACCAGGGAACAGAAACGCGUUCAGCAGCAGCAGCAGGAGGGGGGAGCGGCGGGGCGGUUGGCAGCCUACCUGCCCGCCAAAAGCUUCACCGGCGCCCGGGCUGGCUACGUGUUCAAGAAGGGACCCAUGGGUCUGGGCUACUACCCUGAUCAGCCACUCCUGGCUACUGCAGGCGGCAAGGCCAAGCAGGCUGCUGCUGCGGCAGCGGCCAAGGGAGGGGCGGCGGAGGGUGCUGCUGUUGCAACGCAGAAGAAGGCAGCAGGCAAGGCAGCGGCGGCCGGAGCAGCUAAGCCGGCGGCGGCUGCGUCCGGCAAGACGGCUGCGGCAGCUGCGUGGGGUUUACCGACGCGCAACAAACCCAUCAUCCCGGUACGGCACUCGGAUUUCCUGUCGGACAGCGAUGAGGAGAAUGGCAACGUGGGCGGAUACAGCUCGGGCGACUCGGAUUUGGAAUCGGAUUCCGACAAGCAGCCUGCUCCCUCCAAGUCUGCUGUGCCCAAGUCUGCUGCUGCUGCUGUUGCGGCUCGGAAGCGGGUCGGCAAGGCAGGCGCAGGUGUUGGCGGCAGCGAUGAGGAGGAGCAAGGCGGCGGCAGUGAUGGUAGCGGUGAUGAUGGGGAUGAUGAUGAUGAGUUCCCGGAGGGCGGGCAGCGGGCGGUGGCUAAGCAGAAGCACAAGUCGCUUCCGGGUCGGCUGCGGAAAAAGUUGGCCAAGAUGAAGGCGCAGCAGGGGCAGGCACAGGCACAGGGGCAGCAGCAGCAGGGGCAGCAGCAGCAGGGCGGUGGGAGAGGAGGAGGAGCAGGCAGGCCGGCUGGGAAGAAGAAGGGGGCUGCGGGUGCUGGGAGAAAGGGCAACUAGAAGAAAAGCUGUUUUAGGGUGCAUGGGUGCAUAUGGGUGCGGGCUGCGGUGCAUGUGUCGGCUUGUGGUGCUUGCGUGAUGCUGCAUUGCCGUGUGCCGAGUGGUUGUGGACGCAGCAGCACACCGUGGUCUGCUGGGGCUUGUGCGCUGUAUGUCGUGCUGUCGGCUGCCGAUUGCUUGGGCUGCACUUUUGAAAGUGCAGUAACUUGGUUGCACUGGGUGUAAAGGACAAUACAGUGUAAAGGAUGUAGUCAAGUCGCCCCUACGCUCCUGACAACAUGCCGAGCCUGGGCGCCGACCUUGGCUUUCCGGAGUCUGCAACAGGAGCAGCGCACAUGCGUCCGCUGACCUGCUUUCGCCUGUUGCUACAACGGCUAUGACCUAUAAAUUCAAUGGAGGAAACUGCUGAGUAUGUGCAGCAUAUGACGUAAUCAUGGCCAAUGUGUUUCCAGUCGUGCGCCCGGUAUUUUUGUUGUGAAUGGGCAAAUGCCGACUACCCGAAGCGAACAACAGAAGGAGAUGGGGUGUGUUGCACGCAAUACAAUGAGAGCGGCUUUUCCAACUGUACGCACGGCGGUCUACCUCUAACCUCGGCAGUCUGGCCCCAACCUUGAUUGCUGUACGGUAGAUCAACGACCCUAACGAACAUGAAACCGCUUUGUACGCCUCCGGACGCCUGAGGGUUUGCAUCUAUUUCUGGUCUUGGUGUCAUCACCUGCACGCGUAGACCACGGCUCUCUUCUUCUGUUGUCCAAAAUACUUAGCCCAGUAGUUUCUGUAUGUGCACUGGGCGGGCUUGCCGUAAUCACGCAAACAUGGGCAGAAACCUGCAGACAGCAUGCCGCAACUAGUCUAUUCUCUGUAAUACAGUUACUUCCUCCCAGACCAUAUCUCAAUUAUGGCGCAGCGGCAGCCAGCGCUUAUAGUUACCUUGCAGGAACUCUCGGUUGAGGGCGCCGAUUCUUUAAUCGACGAUCUCUUGAACGAGGAAUGCCUAGGAGCUGCGCGAGCAGUGUGCAAAGCGCUGCGUGACUUUGUGGAUGGCAACAUGCGCGCAUUGCAGCUCUACAUCAACGCCAAGCGCCUCCGCACGUGGGAGGAUGGAUUUCGGCUGCCUCUAGAGCGCUGGCCACGAUGCACCGCAGUGAAGCUAACCUUUGAAGACAACUGGGGUGAGGAUGAGGAGCGCGAGGACAUCGCAACUCUUCUGGUGCUGCCGUUUGCUGGCCAGCCUAGAGCCGCGUUGCAGCGCAUUACCAGCUUAGAAGUAAUAGAAAACGGCGAAGUGCGCUAUGAGGAUGACCACAUUCCCGAGGGCCCCGCCAUCGCUUCGCUCCUUUCCUUUCUCCCUGCGCUCCGUGAGCUGGACAUCACGCACCUGUGUAAUGCCAUGUCACACGCCGCCGUACAACAGCACAUCAUGUACGGCGCCAUUGCCUCCCUGCCAUACCUCACCUCCCUCGCGGUUCCCUGCGGCAGCGGCCUGGAGAACGUGCGUCUCCUCGCUGACAACCUGAUUCGCCUCGAGGUCUUCAUGGCUCCCAAUUUCGAGGGACCAGAUAAGGAACUCAGCAGCGAUGACGUGUCAGCCAUCCUGCAGCUACGUCGCCUGCAGGUCCUGCACGUGCACCCCCGUCGCUUCGAUUGGAGCGACUUCGUUCCCCCGCUUGAAGCCACAUCUGCCGGAGCGACGCGCGAUCGCGGCCUGCUGCCGCUGCUGGAGGGCAUCGGCGCGCUCGCGGACAGCCUGCGGGACCUGGAGCUCUACCUCCGCCUCGGGUGUUUCCCGUUUACAGCCGCCGCUGCAGAUGGUAUCUCCCAGCUUCAGCGGCUAAGGCAGCUGACUCUGGGACAUAUCGAGCUUCCCGCCAGCGACAGCGGUGCUGCCGCAAGCGGGCUGCCUCAGCUGUUGAGCGCUCCGCCUCGGUCGCUGGAAUGGCUGUCGCUGUCUUUCCAUCUGCCGCAACGCUCCAAGCUAAAAGCUGAGCUGGUCGAUUGCGGCGCCGGCCGCCGCUGCUUCAAGGACAUCCAGCUUGGCAGCCGCGCCUCGGGUGUGUUCGUACCGGAGGAAUGCAACCGCUUGCUGCAACUGCUACAGCUCUGCCGUACAAUGCCCGGUUGCAAACGGUUGGGAUGCCUCGAACUGCCCCUGCUGGGCCUACCUCCUGCCGGGAGGUACCUGGCAGUACCUGGAGUACCUGGCAGUAGCGACGAGGUACGGCAGUCCGUCCGGGACCUGCUGGCUGGCUUUGAGCGAGUGGAGUUGGGGUGCAUGCAGGUGUGCCUCCAAGACCUACGCAAUGGGGCGGAGCUACCGCUCCUGGCGAUGCAGCUGCUAGGCAAGCCCGAGCGGCUGUUCCUCCAGGCCUCCAGGAGCGAGGUGCACGACAGCUCCCUUGCCCAGCUGCGAAUCCGACGACCCGGGGAGCCGUCCAUGCUGGCGCCUGCUGACCCACGAGUCGCGCAGGAGCAGAGGGAGCGCAAGAUGCUGCAGCUGCAGACAGGGCCCCCUGCUGCAGAGGAGGUUGCCAAGGUAGCGCUGAAGCGGCUGGUGGCGGACGCGGGUGCGGGGUCCUCGGCCCAUCCCGCACCUAACCUGCUGCUGCUGCAGGGGCCGCUCAUCGGACUGUUGCAGGAGUCUUCUGGUGAGGGAUUUCGCGCCUUCCUGCGGGUUAUCAGAGACAAGGCCGCAGCCUCCCUUGGCGGCGGCGGCGACCCCCCCAGGUGCACGUUGUCCUACCAGCCGCUGCCGCCCGCUGCCGGCUGCAAUGCCGUACUGCUGGAGUGUGGGGAGGAGGCGGUGGAGGCGGUGGAGGCGGCGGUGAGGGCGAUGGCGGAAAGGCAUGGGGCUAAGGAGUUGCGGGUGGCGCGCGUCGAGGCGCCGCCAGCGGUGUUGUGGGGUGACGUGCAGGAGUGGGAGCCCUGCAAGGGCGUCUUCACGUGGGCCCUACACCAGGAGCUUCAGGCGCUGUGGGACGAUGUGGCCGCCCGGCGCCGAGUGGGCGAGCGGGAGUGGCUGCGGCAGCUGCUGGGGCUGUGGGAGCAGCUGGGCGACCUGCCUGCGAGGGUGGCGCUGUAGCCGGGUGUGUGCAGGACGAGGCGGUGCUGGGUGCACCACCGGGCAGGUGGUGAGGGGAAUAGGGUGGUGUGUACGAGCAAGCAGGGAAUCGAUUGCGACCCUGGAAGGGACGGGUGCACCUGCAUCCUGGCGCUGUUGUCUGGUUGUGGGCAGGUAUGUGGGUAGGCUUCCCGGCGUGUGAGUUGGUAGGCUUCCCAUGCGAAGCUGUAAGAACGUGCCAGCUUUAACACGCCCGAUUUUGCCGCACGGAUGGCUGCACUUUGGUUACUGACAAGCGAUGACACGGGCAUACGUAAUCGUAAAUUAAUCAUUCAUGAUGUGUGGAUGUGUCAUGAGGCUUGUGACCCACGGGUCACGUGCCCUGCAUGGUACUGGGCUAAAGGCUGGUAGUGAUGUCACGCAGCACCUCUGUACGGCACAGCGCUACGACUAGUGCCCUGUUCCUUGGGUGCUUCGUGUCGGGGCGUAUGUGAAACGAGUGAUGACGAGCUACGAAUUGUAUGAUCUUACGGGUUGAAGCUGGGAACCGUACCGUACCUCCCAGUGAUCAUCGCGCAAAAAUAAAUUAUUUGGAAAAAUGUGUAUUAACGCGCAAAAAUAAAUAAUUGGUCCGG